CAGGAGGAUUGCCUUGAGUCUGAGGUCAGCAGCCUGGGCUAUUUUGUGAAUUCCUAGGCAAGAGUACGGAGGUGGGGGAAGGGGCAUUUCUCCAAUGCUCCUCUCUCUGUUCCCCAGGCACCUCUCUCUGAUGACACUUUAUUUGUGUCCUUAAGGGUCAAAGCCUCAACUCAGUGCUCACAGGAAGGUAGAGCCAACUAGCACACCCCUUUCCGUAGGCCCCGCCUCUAGCCGUUCUGGGAGAGGGCAGAGGCUCUCCGGACCUGCUGUGGUGAAGAUGGCCUUGCGCUGGGGCAUUGUGUCAGCGGGCUUAAUCGCCAGCGACUUUACAACCAUGCUGAGCUCGCUGUCUCCCUCGGAGCACCAGGUGGUGGCAGUGGCCGCGAGGGACCUGAACCGGGCGAAGGAGUUUGCACAGAAAUACAACAUCCCCAAGGCCUACGGCUCCUACGAGGAGCUGGCCAAGGACCCUAACGUGGAGGUGGCCUACAUCGCCACCCAGCACCCCCAGCAUAAGUCUGCCGUGCUCCUCUGCCUGGCUGCAGGCAAGGCUGUCCUCUGCGAGAAACCCAUGGGUGUGAAUGCAGCAGAAGUUCGGGAGAUGGUUGCAGAGGCCCGUUCUCAGGGCCGCUUCCUUAUGGAGGCCAUCUGGAGCCGUUUUUUUCCUGCUAUGGAGGCUUUGCGAGAAGUUUUGGGCCAAGGAACUGUCGGGGACCUGCGAGUGGCCCGUGCAGAACUUGGGUUUAGUUUAAACAACAUUUUACCCCGGACUACAGACUGGAGCCAGGCCGGCGGCAGCCUGCUGGAUCUAGGCAUUUACUGCGUCCAGUUCCUCUCCAUGGUCUUCGGUGCGCAGAAGCCAGAGAAGAUUUCAGCCGUGGCAAGGAUCCAUGAAACAGGUGUGGACGACACAGUCAGCGUGCUGCUCCAGUACCCGGGAGGGGUCCACGGCAGCUUCACCUGCAGCAUCUCCGCCACCCUCCCCAACACUGCCUACGUGAACGGCACGAAGGGCACGGCCCAGAUUCUCCAAAUGUGGUGCCCAACGGAGCUGGUGGUGAAUGGCGAGCGUAAAGAGUUUCCUCCACCUGUCUUGGGGGAAGGGUACAAUUUUUUAAAGGGGUCGUGCAUGAGUUAUGAAGCCAACCACGUCCGAGAGUGUCUGCGUAAGGGUCUUAAGGAAAGCCCUGUGGUUCCUCUGGCAGAUAGUGAGCUCUUUGCUGAAAUCCUUGAGGAGGUGAGAAAGAUCCUCGGAGUCACCUUCCCCCAGGAUAAAUGUUGAUGUGCUCCUGGGGUGGACAUGGCAAACAAUCCUUUUUCUGCUUGGGCCUCCCUGACUUGACCCUCAUUGCUUUGGAGUUAUUUUUGCAAAACAGCCCAUGUUCUCAUGCUGAAAACCACUCCCUUUCUGGAUUUCUAAAAAUCCAGAUUUUAAAAAUUUCUAAAAAAUUGCUUUUGUUCUUACUGUA